AUGGACGAGUUUCGUGAAAAAGGAGUACAUCAUCGAGGUGUUGGGGAUAAGGAGCCUAAAGACUACAUGAUGUCUCGUAUUAGACUGCUGUGCAAGAUGGGUACGAAAGAUAGGAGGAAAAAGAAAACUGGAAGGAAGAUAUCAGGACCUCCUCUAGGGUGUAAGGUUUUUGUUGAGGCACGUUUGUCAGUUGAUGGUAGGAUGUAUAUUAAGAAUUGUGAGCUGUCCUAUAAUCAUGACCUAUUUCCAAAUGAUAGCCGGCUUAUGGUGAACUAUCGGGGCAUUGAUGAUGGUGCUCAUGAGAGCAUGGUUUUAAACGACUCAGCUGGAAUUUCAAUGACCAAAAGCUUCAACUCUAUUGUUAUUGCAAGAGGAGGACAACAGAAUGUAACUUUUAACAAGAGCGAUUUGAGGAAUGCAGUAAACAUUGUUCGGCGACGUGUCUUAUUUGGUGGGGAUGUUGACACUGUACAAGAACAUUUUAAAAAAAUGGCAGAAGCAAAUUCAGAAUUUUAUAGUGCAAUCCAAACAGAUGGAGAUGGCAAACUUUUAAAUGUUUUCUGGGCUAUGCAAGGGCGCGUGCGCAGUACAAAGACUUUGGAGACAUUGUUUCGUUUGAUAACACAUUUGUACCAAAUGCCAUUUGCUCCUUUUGUUGGCUGCAAUCAUCAUGGGUCGUCCAUCAUUUUAGGUGCAGCCUUAGUUUCUAAUGAAAAUUCAGAAACAUUUGAGUGGGUUUUUAAUCAAUGGCUGCAGUGUAUGGGGAAGCCGCCAAAAGGCAUCAUCACCGACCAGUGUAAAGCUAUCGGUAAGGCGGUUAAGAAGGUAUUUCGUGAUGUGCCACACCGGCUUUGUAUAUGGCACAUUCUGCAGAAUGCUCACAGGAACCUAGGAAAAUUAGAGAAAUUUACCGAGAUACAAGCUGAUUUGAAAGUUGUCGUGCAUGAUUCGCUGUGUAUAGAAGAAUUUGAGGAUUCUUGGAAACAUAUGGUGACAAAAUAUCGGUUGCAAAAUAACGAUUGGAUCAAUGACACGUUCGAGAAUAGGGAACAUUGGGCCCCAGGUUUUUGGAGAGGCAGUUUUUGGGCGGGGAUGUCAUCUACCCAACGGAGUGAAGGACAAAACCGAUGCAUUAAAGGAUACGUUAGUUUGAACACUGGGUUGUUUCAAUUCAUGAAUCAAUUUGAACAAAGCAAUAAAAAGAAAGUUGAAGAUGAGAAGGAUUUGAAUUUCCAAUCACACAGUAAACCUUAUCAUUGUGAUAACACAAUUCUUGUGGAGUGCGUAUUUAGCAAGGCGUACACCAAUAAAAAAUUUCUGGAGGUAAGGGAUGAGGUGAUAGGUCUAAGGCACACAAAUGUGUUGAGGACAGGAAAUGAUGGGAGUAAAGUUCUGUAUGAGGCAGAAGAGAAGAUUCCUAUUCCCGUGUGGAAAUCACGGCGAAAACUGUUUAAGGUUUCUGUGGACAAAGAUAAAGGUGAAUUUUUAUGCUCAUGCAAACUAUUUGAGUUUUGUGGAAUACUUUGCAGACAUAUUAUCAGUGCCAUUGAGAAAGAAGACAUUGAUUUUAUUCCUUCGAAAUACAUUCUGGAUCGUUGGAGGAAGAGUGUAGUACGGAGUUAUGAAGGCAUUAGUGUGUCAUAA